AUGGCAGUAUUUGAUUAUUUCGACACUACAUACCACCCGCGCACUUUGCUGGUAGACAACUAUGACUCUUACACGUUCAAUCUCCUUCAGCUACUUCUUGAGCUAGGACAAACCGACGAUCAAAUCCUAAUAAUCCGCAACGACCAAUAUACAUGGGAGCACGUGCGUGACCAUAUACUCCCUUUCAUCGAUAACAUCAUUAUAUCCCCGGGGCCGGGCAACCCGCUGUGCAAAAGUGAUUUCGGGAUCUGCCACGAUCUCAUACGUAGCAGCGGUAGCUUUGAAGGGCCGAUUCUUGGUGUUUGCCUAGGUCAUCAGGGAAUUGCAGCGGCGUUUGGCGGAUACAUUAGGCAGUGUGUGGUUCCGGUGCAUGGACAGAUAUGCACCGUUCGGGUGGAAGAGAAGAAGGAUAAGUCUGGUUGUCCAGGCGGUAUUGGGUUGUUCGAUGGCGUGCCGCCGGUAUUUAAGGUCGUCCGGUACCAUUCAUUGACAGUCAGCGAGGACGAGUUUCCGGAAUCACUGGAGGUUUUGGCACGCGCCACGGGAUCGGUGAAGACACUGAUUAUGGCGCUACGACACAAGCAGAGGAAUAUUUUUGGCGUGCAGUUUCAUCCAGAGUCGGUGUGCUCGGAGUACGGCGCGCGGAUCGUGGGCAAUUUCCACCAAAUCACAAGGCAUAGCGGCCCCAAUAUUCCUAAAGAUGUUUUGGCGAUGUCAUUGAGGGCGAGUGAUAGUUGUGUAUGGCAGCGGAAGGCGGUUAGUGAGCGCCAGAUGCGGGUGGUGCAGAGGUCGGUUACACUGGCCAAUUGUGGAAAUAAUAAUGGUAGCGGAGAUGUGGGCGGCGCGCUGUUCGAGCAUCUGUACAGUGCCGACCCAAUGCCUCUGUGGCUGGACAGCGCGCGGCCUGCGGACUCGGCAGCAGCCAAACUGUCAGUUAUGGCAUCGGCGGCAACACAGGACGGCGGCAUCACUGUGCGCUACAGCGUGGCCGAUCGCCGCGUGUCCAUUUCCUUUUGGACGUGGAUGCAGCGGAUGGUUGACUGCACGCAGGCAGGCGAGGUGCCCGGAGUCGGGUUUGUCGGCGGGUGGCUUGGGUACUUCGGCUAUGAGAUGAAAGCGGAGUGCAUGGCCGCAGCAGGGCCUGGUGAUCGGCUGGGCAGUGGCAACGAGGCAGCGCCAAUGCCGGAUGCGCAGCUAUCGUUUGUUGACCGGUGCAUGGUCGUUGAUCACAGCGUUAGCCCACCGGUUGCGCAUGUGCUGGCGCUGGUAGCUGCCAACCGCCCACAGGCCAAACACAAGCAGCACCAGCAGCAGCAAGAGGGCAAAGAAGAUUGCCGCCUGGACCCAAGCACCGUUGAGGAUCCUUUGGCGGCGCCCUGCGCAGGCAACUCGGAUAAAUCAACGCCAGUGGAUCUGCAAGCAGAUCUCGGGUGCACUGCGUACCUCGGCGCCAUUGCGCGAGCACAAGAGCUGAUCGCGCAAGGCGAAACAUAUGAGGUCUGCCUAACGACGCAAUUCCGGGCUUCCACAUUAGGCCCUCAGACAUCGCAGCAAAUGCAGCAGCUAUACCGACACAUGCGGCUCGUGAAUCCAGCGCCCUUUGGGGCACUGUUAUGGUACGGCGACAUCUCCGUGGGCAUAGCAUCAUGCAGCCCGGAGCGUUUCCUCUCUGUAUCCAGCGGCCGCAUUGUCGAAAUGAAGCCAAUCAAGGGGACCUGCGCUCGCGCCCCAGAGCCAAAGCCAACGAAGGCCCCUAACCCAAUGCUGCUGCGGGCGCAAUGGCUGGAGGACGACCGGCAGCGAGCACAGGACCUGCGAAUGAACGCAAAGGAGCGUGCGGAAAACCUAAUGAUCGUUGAUCUGAUCCGCCAUGAUCUCAACUGGAUCGCGCCUGGUCGCGUCAAAGUCACGCGGCUAAUGGACAUUGAGUCAUACGCGUCCGUGCACCAGAUGGUCACGACUGUGCGCGCGCAGCUGGACAAACAUGUGGGCGCUGUGGCGGCAUUGGCGCAUUGCUUUCCGCCGGGCUCAAUGACUGGCGCGCCCAAGCUGCGCACGACGCAGAUUCUGGACUCACUGGAGCCUGGGUCGCGCGGCGUGUACUCUGGCUGCUUGGGGUACUUUUCGGUGUGCGGCCGCGCUGAUUGGAGCGUGGUUAUUCGCACAGCGGUCGUGCAGUGCGGCGAGCUGAGCGUUGGCGCUGGCGGCGCACUGACUAUCUUGUCGAAUGCCCAGGAUGAGUGGGCCGAGGUCGAGACCAAGCUGCAGGCCGUUCUGCCUGGCAUCCAGCGGUACAUCAAUGAAAUAGACUCUAUUUGA